GUCUGCCACAGAUAUCACAAGCAAAAGGCUUCUCGCCCGUAUGCAAUUUCUGAUGACGCUUCAAGUCAUGCAACCUGCGGAAUUCACUCCCACAAUCCGAGCAUGUAAAGUCCUUUUUGGAUGAUGUAUGCGUCAGUAAAUGUGAUUUGAGGUUGUGUAGUCGUGUGAAGCGAGCCUGACAGUGAUCACAGACAUGUGUCUUUUGCUGUGCAUUUGCACCUUCUGGUUUUGUACCCGUCAUGUGUUCGUCUUGUGGCGAGGGUGCCCCUUGCUGGCUGUAAUGGGGUACGAAUUGGUUCGUAUUGCUGCUGUGGUUGUGUAUGCCGUUGGGCGACGUAGCAGCGAGAUCCAUGAGUCUCUCCUGAUCUGUUCUUUUCCUCUUUUGGGCUUGCGACUCAUGGCUUGUGGUCUGCGACAGGGUGUGGCCAUUCUGUUGCUGCUGCGUGUCAUCAAACGUCGGCACAAAUGUUGCUGCGGCCGUGUCUGAUGAUCGAACAGGAUCGUACAUGGCCUGAUUCGCACUGGGCUGUGCUUGUCCUUGUAGCGACUGUUGCGGCUCUGGUGGACCAGCCGGUAUGCCUACUGACUGUGUCCCCGCCGACCCGAGUGACCCACGCUCAAAGGAUGCUUGGGCGGAUGGAUAGCUCAUUGGGUAGGAAGAGAACAAAUUUGCACUGGAUGCUGGGUUCAUACUGACUGCUGCUGGCGGGACAGGUACUUGUAUGAGCUCCGGCCUGUCCUUCUCUGUCAUGAGGCGGGCUAUAGGAGAACUGGGUUUUUUUUUUUUGAGUCUAAGCGGGUAUCGCUUGUCAGAAGAUGGUGCGAGUCGAAACGAUGGUGGGCCGUGUGUAUUGCUGUGCUGCGAGAGUAUCUGAGCGGGCUGUGACUGUGUCUCUUGCCUUGUAUUCUGUCGUCCGGGGCAGAGGCAAGCAAGAGACGGCGGCUUGACUUGACUUGGGACUUGC